ACUUCCGGUGGGCGGGGGGCAGGGCUGUGAAGCCAUGUGCACGCUGCCGCAAGAUGUGCGGCGCUUCUUGCAGCGGCACCCGGCGCUGCGCCCGCUGGGGCCGGGCGGGGAGACCCGGGUGCGCUGUGAGCUGACAGGGCACGAGCUGCCCUGCCGGCUGCCCGAGCUGCAAGCCUACACCAGCGGCAAGAGGUACCUGCGCCUGAGUGGGACCCCUGGUGCCUUCAACUACAGUGACUUCGAACCCCACAUUGUGCCUAGCACCAAGAACCCACACCAGCUGUUUUGCAAGCUGACGCUCAGGCACAUCAACAGGGUCCCAGAGCACGUGCUGCGUCAUGUCCAAGGAAAGCGCUAUCAGAAGGCACUGAGAAAAUAUGAGGAGUGCCAGAAGGAGGGCACGGAGUAUGUGCCUGCUUGCCUGCUGCAGAAGAAGCGGCAGCGGCAGCAUGAUGACCAGCCGAAGGGGAGCAAGCCACCUUGCAAGAGGGAGGAUUUCUGGGAGCCUGCAUCCAGCAAUGAGGAUGAGGAGGACAGUGACGACAGCAUGAGCGACCUGUACCCACCUGAGCUUUUCCCAAAAAAAAGCCCAGCAGCUGCAGGACAUGGGGAAGACAGCGAUGACUUUAUGACGGACAGUGAGGAAGACAAGGCCAAGCCGGCUGGGGAAAAUGGGGAUGUGAAUGGGGAGGAGAGCGAGAAAAUGGACCUGGAUGGACAAGGCAGCAAAAGGGGAAAGCUCCCUUCAGCAAGUACCCAGAUGCUGUACAGUGGAUCUCCUCAGAGUACAUCUCUGUCCUGAUCCUGCACAUCUCUGCAUCCAAAUCCCUGCUGUGUGUCUGGGAAACAGCUGGACUUCAUGGCCCCUGUAUAUAGCAGGUGUAAGAAUUUUAGAGAAAUCCUUGCUGAUAAGUCCAACUCUAAAAGAAAGUCCUGAGCAGAGAAAAUAGAUUCCUUGCUGUUAGGAACAUGCCAGUCUUGGGAGAUCAGAAUCUGCGGUAGUUUGAUUCACAUUUGCAGCCAGGUUGGCAGUACAGGAAAGCUUCGCUGCUUGCAGGUUUGGCAUUCGUGGUUUCAAAUAUUCGUGAAUGCCGAAACC